GGGGCUGACCCUAUCAGAAGAGGGUGGCGGUGGGGCCGGGGCCGGGCGCUGGCGGCAGGCUCCGCAGAGCCGUCCUGCAGCCCCCACCGUGGCCGGUGUGUCCGCAGCGCCUUGGGGAGCGCGGGAACCAAGGGAGCCCGCGCGUUCGGCUGAACUCCGGGGUCCGCAGCGCGGGAAGGCGCCGGCAGAGGAAAAAGUUUAGAGAGACAUGGAGCUUGAAAGAAUCAUUCGAGACACACUAACACACUUCAUCCAGUCCCACAUCCCUGCAGCAGACCUCAGUGGGAUGGAUGAUGUUUUCUUCUCCUAUAUCACGGGUGUCCUGGAAGAGCUGGGCUCACCAGAGUCCUCUGAGGAGACUUUUGACAUGGACACUUUUGUGGAAAUGAUGGAGGCAUAUAUCCCUGGCUUUGCAGAAAUCCACAGUGAGGAUGUUUGUGAAAUGAUGUUCUCUCUCUCAGAGAGGCUUGGUGAAGCUCGCAACACAGAAAAACCUGGCCAAAAGGCUGUGGAAAAUGGAAGUGAAGCACCCUCUGAAGACCUGAUCAAGGGCCAGGAGCCUGGAGCUGGAGCCUGCAACGGGGAAGGGCAGUGCACUCUAACAGACGGAGCCGGGGCCCAGGAAGGCAAUAACUUGAAGGAUGGUGUGGAGCUGCUGCUGGAGAUGUUCCCAGCUUGUACCAUGAGCCAGGCAGAGAAGGCGCUCGCCAUGGCCUUGGGGAACUUGGAGGAGGCAGUGCAGUUAAUUGUGGAUGAGAAAGUGGAAAUUGGCCCAGCAGGUGCGAGUGUGAAGGAACUGGCACGGCCUCGCAGAGCACCCAACCAUGAGGAACUCAAACAGGUUAUCCUACAGAAAUACAUGAUGGUGGAUAGUGCAGAUGAUCAGAAAACCCACCGACCAGCUCCACCCAAAGAGGCUCCCAAGAAGUUGAUCCGCUAUAUUGAUAACCAGGUGGUUAGUACAAAGGGAGAGAGGUACAAAGACAUCAAGAAGCCUGAGAGCGAGGAGAUGAAAAGAACCUACAUUAGCCUCAAACCAGCCAGGAAGUAUAAGUUCCACUGACAGCCAGGUCCUCCUGUUCUUCAGCUUCCACCUCGCCAGCCAGGCUUGGCAGGGUGGACACACAGCACUAGGAAUGAGGGGACUCCUCCACCUGCCACUAACUGGAACUAACCCAGGAGCCAAGACACUACUUCCAGCUUCCUCAACUAAUACAGCUGAGGGGAGACCUCUCCUUGUGUAGCUGUCCCUCUGCCCCCAAGGGCACACUGCAGUGAUUCUCCAGGGCCUGGGCAUUCUCUGCUAUACCAUGCAUGGGACAUUUUUAGAUCUAAGAUGUGGCUUGUGCUUUUGCAGCAACCUUUUUACAAGUCUGCACUGUUGCUUUAAACUGCGUGCCAGUAUUAAUAAAGAUUAUGUGAGUUGGUGUGUAGUUCA